GUUGCGGAGGCGGAGGACAGGCGCCACCAUCGUAAAAACGCCGCCGGUGGGUGUGCGCGCGCAACGACCGUGCGAUGGGAAGCCUCCAGAAUGCCGCCGGUGCCGAACCCGGCAUUGCAGCACCAGGACGUGAGAGUCCUCCUGCCAGCUUCAGUCAACUGGGAAUACCAACGGGCCCGGAACUCCGGAACACAGUGCUUUUUGGGCCGAUUAAGCCACUGAGAGCUGUGUCUCGAUUAGAAUGGGCAUUUUUUACCAUUUCAUCGUUGAGCCUCAUUGUGUCCCUGGGUUUCACAGUAGAACGUUUGAUAACCUUACCAAAGAACACGGAUGAUUACACUUUUGCCAUCAUGUUGUGCUUCACAUCAUUAUUCUGUUUCUUUUACAUUGUGCAUGGGAUACUGAAGGAAAGAUACCACGAGAUUGCUGUCUUCAUCAGCAGUAGCUUUCUUCUUCUUCUCUAUUUGGUCCUCAAUGUUGCAUCAGCGAGCCAAACUGUUGGCGCAUCCAUUGAGAAAAAGGUGCGGCUGGGUGUGGCUGUCUUGUUCUUAAUCGGCAUCGUGUAUUUAGGUGUGCGAGUGGCACAUGGAUACCGGCGUGAGCGGAAGCUGCUCUUCCGCAUCAAUGCUAAGGAAGACCUGCAAGCCAUGCUCGGAUGGCUUUUCCUCUGCUCUUCGCUCAUCUUUUUCGACGUGCAGCUACAGGGCACCAUGCUCAUCUUUGUCAUGCACAAUGGUGUAGAUUUGAAUGAUGUUGAGACCAUUGUGCUGGCUGUUGGAGUACUAGUGACCCUAGUCUGGGCCUUUGCUGGGGAACGCACUAUAUACAAGGAAAGUAAGGCCUGGCUAUGUGUUUUUGUCCUGCUCUGGUUUCCCAACGUUGUCUACAUAGGCCUGAGGUUAUACGAUUGGAAGCCAUUGGGACCAAUCAGCCACAUCCCAAUGAACAGGCUGGAGACGAAGAAGGAGUGUGAUCUGGUCUUGAAGUAUUGUUGCACACUGUGCCAUGUGCAGUGGGAUUUCCCAGCUGUGCACAUCAAGAGUGUUCUGGUAUGGAAGAUCAAGAGUGCCAUAGCUCUCAGCACAAUGAGUGUUUGCAAUCAAUCAACAAGCAUGGAAGUGCCCUUUAUAUCAUGCUGUUUAUAGUCCACAUGCUUCUACACAUUUUUGGUGAUAUAACUGCCAUCUUGCGAAGUGCAAUUCUCACUGUGAAUGAACUGCAGCCUGCGACCAAACAGUUUCUGUCACAUUGUGAUCGUCAGAGUGAGUUAGUUUGGUGUGGCAUACUUUAGUUGCAUUAUUUUGAACAUGAAACUGUUAAAACUAAUUGUGUGUGCCAGGUCGUCUAUGCCAGGAAGUGAGAACUGCGAAAAACAAAACUGCAACAUCAUUCCAUCUGUUAAAUUCUAUGCAUGUGGCUUCUGCUGCAUGUUAAGCGAGCAAGUUCCUAGUGUCAUGUUCCUUUGCUUUGGCAGAAAUUGUUUUUGACAUCCUGGCUGGUAUUUCAUGUCAUAGUAUUCUCAUUUGUUCACUGUUUUACGUAUUCUAUUGUUCAGUGUUUAUAUAGUGAUCUCGGUUUGUGUUGCACAGCAAUUGUUGUCAAUGCAUCAAAGCCUAAAGCUGUGCUAGUCUGUGUGCCACUAAAAAUGAAUACUGUAGGUCACUGAAAUGUACCUUGCGUGCCUUGUAGGCCAAAGGGUGCCUCUUGAAUGCUUUUGACAUUGUCGACAGAUUUAUCGAUAAUAUUUUUCCCUUAGUAGAUUGUCCCCAGUUCUGUUGGCAGAUUGUAGCAGAGCAGCACUCUACAGUACUAAUCUGACUGCAUCUGCUCAGUGCUUGUAUUGUUGUAGUUUCUGCCAAGUGUCAGUUUCUAUCAAACACCUGAAUUAUUGCAGGACAGCCAAAGGUGUCUCUGAUAGCAAGUUGUGCAGCAUGUAGUGGCGCAUUUCAAGCAAUGAAAUCUAAUGUCCCAUAUUGCUGCAGUGCUCAGACUUUACCGGAAUGAUUUCCAUUUUCAGCAGUGCACUUUUACCUAUCAAGUACGAAACUCCAGAGCUUCCAUGCCUGAAAAAGAGAAAGAAAAAAAUCUCUCUUAGGAAAAGGAAAGCUUAGAUCCUUUCCAAACAGUUUUCAUCACUGAAACAUCACUUUUUCAAAAGGCUCGUCACUAUGAAGAAAAUUUGUAUAUUGUUGUUUUCAAAUAAGGAGAUUGAUGGUUGUACAAUUCGGUUGUCUUAUCUGUGUGACAGUCAUCCUGGACCAUACCGUUAGUGUCAGUCACAAAGUUUUGCCGGACAUCAACUUUCCGGACUGGACAUCAACUUUCAAGUAGCUUUGAGAAGGUUCCUAGUUGUUGAGAAAAUGCUAAAUAAAGCAUCAACCAAUAUAGAACCAAAAUUUACAGACAUUAAACGUUCCCAGUUGCUGUGGGAAAAAAAAAAUUCACAACCUGACUAUACUAUCUAUUGCACACAUUGAUGUAGAGUUUUAACAGUUGACUUCUUUUCAUUCACCUGAGAUGGUGCUCUUUAAAGCUGUUGACCUUCUAGACAUGAUCAUGCUCACAGAGCCCUUCAUUAGUUUUGAAGGUGACACAUUUAGACUCUUGAUUAUAGUUUAAACAUUCUGGUCUAAUUUUGUGCUAAUUUGUGGACCAUCUGCUGGAAAUCAUGUCCCGUCUGAUGAGUGUGUGGUGGACGCCUCGUUCUUGUGUUGUUCGCCAGUGUGUCCAUUUAAUGUUUUUUUCUUUUAUGCUCUCUCCUCUUUCUCACUCAUUUACCUCCUUUCUUCUUAAACGCUCUACUAUUCCUCAUUCACAAUUUUUUUAUGUGCUUUUUCCCUUCUAGAGCCAGCAGGCAUUGUGCUACUCCUGGAGGCAGUUGCCAUUUAACGUUCUCCUCUCGGAUCAUUUUUAUGUAUACAUUCAAACCUAAUAUUAAUUCACCUUCUGGUGAAAGUUGCUGAAUGGUAAAUUCUGAAAUCGUCAUUGUGGCAGGAGCUUGUAAACAAUGUCUUCCUAUAUGCAUUAACGAACUACCCCUUGCAAGUGCAUUUGCACACCCAUAAUAAGCAGAAGCUCCACAGAAUGUUGCCUCUGCCAUUGCAAAAUUUACAGAAAUGCACCAUUUCAUGUCACCCAAACCGAUAAUAAGCAGGUUGUAAAUAAUAUAGGUAAUGUUCGUGUGCUUACAUGCAUAAAAUGCAGUUUUAUGCCAUUCAAGAAUGCAAGUAGUGUGCAGUUCUCGGUAGAUAGGUGGCAUCUCUUGAGACCAUACAAUGCAUACGUCAUUCACGAUAUUUAUUGUUUUUCUUAAAUGCCUAUAAUAACUGUCCGCUUCCACCUCACCAGGCACGGUUUCACUGCUUCUUACUUACUUUAUGCUGAACUGCAAUAGCGUAGCUUAACCUCUUAUUAGGCAGAUUUUCUUUUCCGAAGGAAAACAAUUGAAGUACACUUAAAUGUACUUGCUUACGAGGUUAGAACAUCCAAAAUUACUUGCACAUUAUUUUAUACGCCAGGGUGAAAUUUGUGGCCUUGUUACAAAAUGAAACUGGCAUCUAGUGUGAAAGAAUGCUUUCAUAAAUGCAUAUUUUCUCACUAUAUGCCAUUUGACUUGAAAGCGAACCAGCUCGUAUCUUCUCGCAUGUUCUAAACCUGAUGGUGUUGCAAAGAUGACUUCAAUUUGUAAACCAAAUGGAUGCAGUUGUGUGGCUUUCUUGGAGUGUUCAUCCUCAAUGGAAACUAUUGUGCCCAGAGCACGAGUGAAAUAUGGUAGCAUUGCACAUGAUUUCAGCAUGGAGCUUUCUAUCACUUAAUCUUCCCAUUCCACUCUAACCUCAGGACCCAUGAGUCACAAAAUUUCGGCAACCGGCCUUAAGUGGUUAAGCAGAAUAGGUAAUGUGCCACAUGGGAACCGUUGGGAGGCACCUAUCCCAGGCGGGUUUACUUUGGGCCCAAGGAAAGAGAAAUGUGUAAAAGCACAUUUAUUGCAAAUUUCUUAACAUUGGCUCUUUACAAUGUUCUCGUCUUGAUUAUGCUUUCCACAUAUACCAUGAAGCUUGCUUUUGUAACUGGGGGUGUGUUGGAGCGUGAAACGGCUGUAAAACAAUUUGGCAGCUUGUUGUGCAGGCAUUUGCACCGACACAGCUUGAUUUGAGGUGCUCGCAUAUCACCUUAAAGGGACACUCUAGAGAAAUAAUAAAUCAGUUUAAACUCAUCAGUUGUUCCUUCAAAACUCUGUUUUCGCUAAUUUUAUGGUGAGAAGUUGAUUUCAAGAAGAGAAAGAAAGGUUUCUCUUUUUGAAUUUUGCCUCAGUGUCCCGGUGCCAGUACAUCGGCGUGAAAUCACGGAUAUAGUAUUUUCUCACAUUUGGGCCGUUUUGGCUCUGUAAAGGUUCAUGAAACUUGCCAAGUUCAAUCUCUAGCUCCUUUAGAAUACAGUUCAGUUUAUCUUUACCAAGAAAAAAUUCACUAUCGCCCAAGAAAACAUUGAAAUCCAUGACCUUCAAGGCUGCAGUGAUGCCACCGAUCUUUCAUUUUUGUCUCUUUGGAUUACCAAGCCUCCUUUCACUGUAAGAAUGAUGAGUUUUGGUGUUGUACAAUGGCAGUGGACUAAUGCAGCUCAAAUUAUUUUUUUGCUUUAGUGUCCCUUUAAAUGGAUCCCAAAGAAUCUAAGCUAGCUAAGCUAAGCAACCUGGAUUGGUAAAUAACACUUCUGCAACACUAGAAGCAUCUGUCUUACCAUUAGCAGUCUUGUUAAUCCAGAGAAGAUGCAAGGACGAAAGACAAUCCUAAAGUUCAGAGUUCAGACCCACACUAGCUCCUCACAACAUCAUGAGGUUUAGAAAUCAUGUGCUUGGAACUAAUUAAUAAUGGUUUAUCAAUAAACAAAGACUGCAUGUCAUUAUAAAGGUGCCAAAGGCUCAAUCUAGUGAAUUUCUAUAACAUUUUCUUAACGAAAAUGGCCCAAGCGUGAAGAUACAUUGAAAGCCAUGUCUUACCGAUCUAUCGGUCCUGCGGUUAGCGUGUAAUGUUCACUUUGCCUUUCAUCUUAACAUUUAACUUCGCUUUUUCCACCAUAUAAAUUGAAAUUAUUUUGAAAUGUGGUCUGUUUUCUGUGUAACACAACAUGCGAGAGCUGUGUGCCCACACCACAGUGCUAGUUCCUGUCGCAGUAUAGCUCACAGGUGACAAGUCAGUACUUGCACAUGUUGGUAACGCAGUGUGUGAAAUAUACAUACUUGAAGAAUCAUUGAAAAUGAGGCUGAAAGUCAUUGAAGGAGAGACUGCUAAUCCUUUUAUGUCACGGAAAUGGCACCACUGUGCUUUGUGUGCAUCUAUUCACUAAGAGCUUGAUUUGUGCAAAUUUCUCGUGUAUCAUCUGACACAAUGCAUUUUCACACUUGUAAAAUAUGUACUUCAUUAAAUAAAACAUAUUUGACUUGGUUUACAAA